AUGUUAGAUCUAGAUAACUUGUCCUACUUCCUUGGUAUGGAUUUUCUAUACAAAGAAGGUGGAAUAAUCUUGCAUCAAACAAAGUAUGCUACUAACUUGCUGAAAAGAUUCAACAUGUUGAAUUACAAUGUUGUUGUGACUCCUGUUGAAUCAGGUCAGAAGCUAAAAGAGGAUAAUGAUGAAGAAAGUGUAGAAGUUGUCAUGUAUAAUCAGAUGAUUGAAUCAUUAAGGUACUUAUGUAAUAGUCGACCAUAUAUCAACUAUGUUGUAAGAGGAUUACACAUAUUCAUGCAUGAUCCAAGGAAUUCUCAUAUGUUGUAUACGAAAAAAGUACUAAGAUCCAUCAAGGGAACUUUGAGGCAUAUUGUAUUCUUCUCAUAUGGAAGAAAGAGAAGCAAAGAAGAGGUGAUAGGUUUUUCUGAUUCAGACUAG